AACAGGGAGACUCAGGAACUCUGAGCACCUUUUGGAUCUUAUCCUGCUUCCUGCACACGCCGCGAAAACUUCAGGCUCCUGCUCGGCUACAUUGACGAGUCCGGGCUGCGUUUCUUGUGGGUUUUUGUCUGUUUUACGUGAAGGGUUGAACCGGAGCGGAGCAGCGCGUCUCCACCGACCGGACAUUGCUACUUUUCGGUGUAAGCUACCUCCUCCAUUCACUGCGUGUGUGAGCCACGGUGCUGGUGCUGGUGGCCACCGGGAAAGACACGGCUGGUGUGGAUACGAUGAUUAACAAGCGACGUGAAUUAAUGUGUGAAGCUCGUGUAGAAAUACACGGGAAAACAAAGCGCCAGCGUUGAGGAACCGACCGAAGCCGAAGACGUCGAGGUCGCUGUGAAGGAAGUGGAGCACGAUGUAGUGUAACGUGACGUUUUUAUUCUUUUUUGAAAUCUGCCCUGUUAGUAGAAAGUAACGAGGAGUCCAGCAGCUCAACUUAGUGACACUUGUAGCAUUUACACAGGACCCAAAAGACACGGUGUGUAAGCCUUCCUUUGUGGCCGGGAAGCGCUCGUGUUCUUCCAGGGACAGGAGGUCAGCAGGACGGGUCAUCUGCUCCUCUUUGCCCCACCUCCCCCUCCUGCCAUCAGGCUGUUAUGAAGAUGUGAACUCCCUCCCUCCCUUCCCGUAUUCUCUUCUCUCUCUCUCUCCCCCGCCGCUCGGGACGCUUUGAAUUUUGUUUCUCCCCUCCUUCUCCUAUUUUGUUGGCUACAAAGGGGAUCAAACGCAACCCCGGCCUCCCUUCCCUCCCCCGUUUCUCGGUGAUGUACGAAAGCGUGGAUGUUGUGGGUCUGAGCCCCAGCCCCGGCCGCAGCAGCCCCAGCCCCGGCUCCUUCCUGAGCAUGGACUACUACCACAGACCCCCGGGGCUCGGGCCGGAGAAGGGACUCCUGUCCGGUGUAGGACUCCAGCGUCCAUUCGGGGGGUCUCUGGUGAGGCACUGGAGCGGAUCCUGCCACUCCAUAGAGACUGAGAGCACGAGUUCAGGGGAGGACCUGCUUGUCCCCAGCCCCCACUCACCUCCACCUCCGCCCCGCAUCUACAAGCCCUGCUUUGUGUGUCAGGACAAAUCUUCAGGAUACCAUUAUGGAGUCAGUGCUUGUGAGGGUUGCAAGGGUUUCUUUCGGAGAAGCAUCCAGAAGAACAUGCUGUACACCUGCCACAGAGACAAAGUCUGUGUCAUAAACAAGGUGACGAGGAACCGCUGUCAGUCCUGCAGACUACAGAAAUGUCUCGAUGUUGGCAUGUCCAAGGAGUUAGUGCGAAAUGACAGAACGAAAAAGAAGAAGGAGGAGAAGAGGCAGGCGGAGGUGGAGAUCUACGUUCUGUCAGCAGACACAGAGCAGAUGAUUGAGCGAGUGCUUCAGGCCCAUAAGGAAACCUUUCCCUCCCUCUGUCAGCUGGGAAAAUACACCACGAGCAACAGCGCAGAGCACCGUGUUUCGCUGGAUGUCAGUCUUUGGGACAAGUUCAGUGAACUGUCCACCAAAUGCAUCAUUAAGACAGUGGAGUUUGCCAAGCAGCUGCCAGGCUUCACAACGCUCACCAUCGCUGAUCAGAUCACCCUGCUCAAAGCCGCCUGCCUCGACAUACUGAUCCUGAGGAUCUGCACCCGCUACACCCCAGACCAGGACACGAUGACUUUCUCUGACGGUUUGACUCUGAACCGUACCCAGAUGCACAACGCUGGGUUCGGACCUCUCACAGACUUUGUAUUCUCCUUCGCCGCCCAGCUGCUGCCGCUGGAGAUGGACGAUGCAGAGACUGGAUUGCUCAGCGCCAUAUGCCUGCUCUGUGGAGAUCGUCAGGAUCUGGAGGAACCAGAAAGGGUGGACGUUCUUCAGGAGCCUUUGUUAGAAGCCUUGAAGAUCUAUGUGAGGAGGAGGAGGCCUGAUAAACCCUGUAUGUUCCCGAAAAUACUGAUGAAGAUAACUGACCUCCGGAGCAUCAGUGUGAAGGGGGCGGAGCGAGUGAUCACUCUGAAAAUGGAGAUCCCUGGCUCCAUGCCUCCUCUCAUCCAGGAGAUGCUGGAGAACUCUGAGGGUCUUGAAGGGCACGGAGUCGGGGGAGAGAAAGGUGGAGGAAAGGGUAGAGCAGAAGGCCAACCGGAGGAGGAAACAGACAUCAAGAGCUGCCAUCCAAGUCCGUCACCCAAAUCAGUCCCCUCUUCCAGCCCAAGCCCUGCACCUUGCUCCCCAUAGUUCCCCUCACCCUCCGACUGAAGUUCUGCACUCUUCAC